UUAAAAUAAAUAUAUGUAUAUUUAUAUUAACAAGUAGUUAAAAAGUUGUCUCUAAGAUUAAAACGAUUAAAACUUAAAUUUCACACUAAUAAAUUUAUUUAUUACUAUUCUAUUCUUUAUAUAGAAAUUUAAUUAAAAAUUAUAAUUUCCAGUAUACGUCAAUUUUUGUUUACAUCGUUUACAUAUUGUCAAAAUAUCUUGUUUAUCAACAAAUAAAAUUCUGAAAAAUUUUGUAAUUUUUGUAAAAAAAAUUUUUUGAGAAUAGAAAUUAAUCAUGGCAUCGGACGAUACAUCUUGGCGUACUACUAAUUUCCGACAAGGAAUGGCUUCAAGAAUAGAGGAAGCCAUUCAAAAAUCAGGAAUGCCUACAGCGAAAAAUAGCAGCGAUAUGGAAAAUCAUGUUUUUCUAAAAGCCAAAAACAAAGAAGAAUAUUUGAGCUUUAUAGCUAGAUUGAUACUUCACGUGAGAGAAAUGAAUUCAAAGAAGCAAGGUGGAGGAAUGGCACCUGGUGGAAAUGGUCCAAAUCAAGGGAUGUCUGAUCCAAUUGGCGCACUACAAACACUUGCUAGACAAGGCACUGGUAAUAAUCAAAUGAUGGGAAUUCCAAAUGCUGGCGCAAAUCCACAAGGAAUGGUUCCACAACCAAAUACAAAUGCAGCAACGAAUCUUCUUCAGAGUUUAAAUCAAAGACCUGGACAAGGUGUUAACAUGCCCGGUAUGCAGAAUAAAAUGCCUGGAAUGGGUAUAAUGCCCGGUCAAGCAACGGGAGCCGUUGGUCACAUUGGUCAAAUGCAGGGAAUGCAGAAUAGUUCAAUUCUAACGCAAAUUAAUCAAAUUGGCCAAGGGAAUAUACCACAGCAAAUGGUGCAAAUUGGCCCCGGACAAAUGGGACAAAUGGGCACUCAAAUGGGUGGUGGACAACCUCAACAAAGUAUUCAGAGUCAAAUUUCGAAUCAAGUUCCCGGACAAAUGGGAGGAACAAUGGGCGGUGGAUUGCAGAGUGGGAUACAAAAUAAUUUACAAACUGGCAUGCAGCAGCAGAUGAAUCAAAUGGGCUCGGGACAAAUCGGCGCUAAUCAGUUGCAACAGCAAAUGCAUAGUGUUCAGAGAAAGCCACCCGAAAUGAUGAAUGUUGGAUUCCCCGGACCACGCAAUGUGACGCCCAAUCAAUUCUUAAAUCAAAGUCCUUCACCAUCAGCGCCAAGUCCAGGAGGUUUGGGCGCUCCACAGAGUAAUCAAAUGGUCCCUUCGCCUGCUUUGGCUCCGUCUCCAAUGUCUCAACCGUCUGUUCUUUCGGGACAACGAUCUGUUGGCAUGGCGCCAUCUCCGAGUAGUUCUUUGAAUACUCCAGCUGGUAUGGGAACGGCACCGAGUCCAAUGGAGGAUCACGUUUAUAAAGAAACACUUCGCCGAUUAACCAAGUACAUUGAACCAUUGAGGAAAAUGGUUGCGAGAUCAAAUGGCGAAGGGAACGCCGAUAAGACAUCAAAAAUGAAAAAACUUCUUGAAAUUCUAUCCAAUCCCUCGAAAAGAAUGCCGGUGGAGACAUUACAAAAAUGUGAAAUUGCACUGGAGAAAAUGGAUUUUUCAAAAAGAGGUGAUGGCAGCGUUGGACCUGCACUCGCAACACUGAAGGAAAAUCAUUUCUUCAGUCCACUCUUAGAAGCAGUUAGUUCACAUUUACAAAGUCCCGUUGCCAAUCACACACUACAGAGAACAUUCGGACCCUGUAUCGAAGCUUUCUUUGGUCCUGAAAUUAAAAAUUUACCACCGCCUUUAAAGAGGCAAAAAGUUGAGGAAUCAACAAGUGAAAUUCCUGACAUUCUACAGGGAGAAAUAGCGAGACUUGAUCAGAGAUUUAAAGUUAGUUUAGAUCCUGCACAACAGAAUGGAUCGUUGUGUAUUCAAUUGAUAUGCUGGUUGGACGAUCGUCAUCUUCCUUGUGUGCCUCCAGUUUCAGUGACAGUUCCCGCUGAUUAUCCAUUGACACCACCGCGUUGUGUUAUGGCACCGCAUGAAUAUACAACGGCAUUUCUCAGUGGCGUGAAAGAUGCACUGACUGCACGAAUUUCAAAAUUACCGAAACAAUUUUCUGUUUCUCAAUUAUUAGACACUUGGGAGAUGAGUGUACGUCAGGCGAGUGCUCCAUCUUCUAAAACGCCAACUUCCACUGGUAUUUUAAUGGGAACAUAAUGAAAUUCAAUAUUCAACUAUUUAUUGCCUUGACAAAUUUUUUUUAGCAUCAAUUCAUUAAAUUGUAUUUUUGUGUCAUCAAGCGAAAAUUUUUACUUGUUUAAAAAAGUAAAUUGUGUACAAUUCAAAUUUUGGGGAUUACUUUUCUUCUUUUGUUGAAAUCAGUUUUUGAUAUAUAAAUUCAAACUUUAGUUCAAAAUUGGUGUAAAAUUAGUUUGUAUUAAAUGAAUUUUUUUAUUAAUAAAUAUCUGGAAUUAAGGCCGA